AUGCCAGGCUCACUAGCCGACUACCUCGCGAAAAACUACCUCAACGCCGACCCGGCGACCGAGCGGCCCAAGAAAAAGCGCAAGAAGACCAAGACCACCGACACAGCCAGCUCCGGCCUGAUCAUCGCAGACGACGACCCUCCAGAUCUCCGCAACACCGAUGACCAAGUUCAAGAUGACGAGGACAGUCCAUUCAUCGACACGUCCUCAAAGAGCGCCGAGUUCCGCCGCGCCAAGAAAUCCAGCUGGAAGACUCUCGGUGGCCCUGCACCAGACAACAACCAAGCGGCCGCAGAUGCAAUCCUAGCUUCAGCUGCCGCCGAACGGGCAGCACACGCCGACGAAGAUGCCGACGCGCCGACCGUGGAAGGUAUGGAGGAAGAAGGGCAACGAAUGGAGUCCGGCGCUCUAGCUGGUCUCCAGACAGCAGAGCAGACAGCAGCGAUGGUAAAAGCGCAAGAACGACGCAAGAAAGCCGAAGAAGCACUAUGGCGUGACCCUCAGUCCACAGCUGCCCAAACCCAAGAAACAAUCUACCGAGACGCCUCAGGUCGAAUCAUCAACGUGGCAAUGAAACGCGCCGAAGCCCGACGCGCCGAGGAAGAAAAGAAAGAAAAAGAAGAACAAGCACGCCAAGCUCUAAUGGGCGAUGUCCAACGCCAACAACGCGAAACCCGAAAACAGGAACUACAGGAAGCGAAGGCGAUGCCGUUAGCUCGAGGUAUUGAAGACGAGACCAUGAAUGACGAGCUACGGGCGCGUGACCGGUGGAAUGAUCCUGCGGCAGGAUUCUUGACACAGAAGGCUGCGCCGGGAGCUAGCGUGACUGGGAAGCCAUUGUAUCGGGGCGCGUUCCAGCCGAAUAGGUAUGGGAUCCGGCCGGGGCAUCGGUGGGAUGGGGUCGAUCGGGCGAACGGGUUUGAGAAGGAUUGGUUCGCGGCGAGGAAUAAGAAGGGGAGGAUGGAGGCGUUGGAUUAUCAGUGGCAGAUGGAUGAAUAG